UUUUUGACUUGAUACAAAAUCGAAAAAACAUGUUUAGUUCUAAAAAUGAGCAACAUAAAUGGUGAGGACAGUGACAAUUGUCCAAGAAUAUCAAGAAAGAAAGGUGAGAAAGUUAGACGUGACAAAUUGAAUACCCUAUUUGCACAGUUAGCUGAAGAGAAUCCAUGGAGUGCCAAGUCAGAGAAAAGAGUUGACAAAGCAGCAAUACUUAGAUUAACAGUCAGCUAUCUAAAGUUCCAUCAUGGGAUAAAGAAAUUGAGAGUAUCUGAUAAAAAAAGUUCAUCACAUUUAACCAGCAACAGCAUACUAGCAUGUUUGCAAGAGGCAUUAAAGGGUUUCCUGAUUGUGAUAUCAGAAAAGGAGACUAUCGUUUUUGUGUCAUCAUCAAUAACCAAAAUAUUAGGAUUGCACCAGGUUGAUAUGGUUGGAUCAGACCUGAGUAAAUUUGUCCACCCUGAUGACAUGGAAUUAUUUAGAAAGCAGCUCAAUGAUUCAAAUGAGGAUUUAGGUCAUACCAUGAAUGAUUCCCUCAUCAAACCUAAUGGCAAUUGUUAUACAGGAUUUAAUUCAUCAUUUAAUAGUGAGAAAUCGUUUUAUGUAAGAAUGUUGAAAGCCUUUGACAGAAAUGAUACAGAAAAACAAUAUGAGAUGGUUCAUUUGAAAGGUCAAUUAAAGAUCAAUAAGACAGGCAGAAAUGGUUGCUCAGAAUCUGGAGUUAUUGAUAGCAGGUGGUUAAUAGCAGUAGGACAAUCUAGUAGGCUAGGAAUUAUAAAUGAAGUACCCACACUUUAUGCUAAAGAUGAUGAAUUUGUUACUCAGUUUGAUUUGCUUGGAAACAUAUGGUUUAUUGACCACAGGUCAGCUAUAGUCAUGUGCAGGUUACCAAACCAACAAGUUGGAACAUCUUGUUACGAUGAUGUACUUAAAGAAGAUGUACCUGUCGUGGCUCAUGCCCAUAAACAAAUUAUGAAGUCACCUAUGACAACAACAGUUUUCCGUGUAAGAAUUAAUGGAGAUAGAGUGCAGUAUUUAAUGUCAAGGUCGAUUAUAGUUAGAGACAAUUGGACGAAUAAACCAAAAUACAUAGUCAGUUUAAACAUUGCUUUAAGCAAAGAAGAAGGCAACAAACUGCUGGAAAAACAAAGGAAGGAACUUGAAGAAUAUUCAUUUACAGCAGGUGAAAACAAAGGAGUGGGAAUUCAAAGCUGUAAAGAUUCAAAGGUCAGCCAACUAAGCAUUGAUGUCAGAGCUGAUGAAAGUGAAACGUCUGAAGCUGAUAAAUCAAAGGUGCGAAUGUGUGACAAAUUAGAUAUUUUAUUGGAAAAUAUUGUGAACAAAAAUUCUUAUUCAUUUGGAUGUGAGACGUUAAGCAGGAAAUUUGAUUCUGUUGAAGAUAAAGUGUUGUCAUCGCCAUAUGUGUGCAGUAAUGUAGGAGUAAACUCAUUGAAAAGAUCUCUACCCUUGGACUUUAAUAAUGAAAAUAGUAAUAUAUUGCAUGAUAUAGAGGUUAAAUCUAUCAGUCCGAGUUCCAGCCAGAAAGAAAAAUUGUUACUAAAUAAUGAAGUAAGUGCUGACGUUAAUUUAACAUCAUUUCUCAACGAUAUGGAUAUGUCAAAAUCUCCACCUUUUAAUGGACAUAGUUUUCAAAACUGUGACAGUAAAUUUGUUCCGAAGAGAAAAUUCCAAUUAAAUCAUGUAAAUGGUGAUGUAGAAAUGUUAGCAAGGACAACAUACGGAUCACCUCAUAAAAGUAAUGGUUGUAGCACAAAGACUUCGUUUGGAAACUCAUUUGGCAAUAAUCAUUUACCAAACUUGAAUACAUUUCAUCCAUAUCAUAGGGACAUGUUAGCCACAAAAGCAUUCCAAGGAACGAAUGAUUGUGUUCGAUCAUUUCAAAAUGACAUACAGUUGCAGCAAUUUCAUUCCCAAAUGAUGCCAUUAUCAUUUCCACAUACACUCAGUUGUGGAAGUACUCACCAGUCCGCAGGAUUGACUUCUUCAAACAGGGUAUAUUCUUCCAAUAUGUAUCCAAUUCCUGAUUAUUCUAGUGGUAAUGUCAGUACUUCAUUGACUGGUCCACAAUCAUACGACAGAGUAAUUAAUCAAUUACUGCCAUCAGGCAAUAGACCACCCUUUGGUCAUGAACUUAACAGGGGACCACAGAAAAGCUACGGGUAUCCAUAUUUUGGGGUAGAGUCUAUGGUGAAUGAACCACAGUCACAGGGCUAUGGUUUAUUUGACAAGGAAAUUAGCAGAAACAGUUCUGUCCCAAAAACUAACGUGACUAAUGUUGAUGAGGAGUCAUUCGACAAGUUUCCAUAUGAUCCAACGUUGUUUGGAAAUAAACCUAUCCGGGUAACAGAUUAUUUGGAAUUGGAAGAGGGUAAUUCGUAUCUUAACUUUGGAAGUCAUCCAGGAUUCCCACAAGAUAAACUGAAAUAUACAAAUUUAGAUGCUGCUCAACAGGGAGUCGAUGAUGGCUCUUCCGAUGAAGAAGCCAGGUUGUCAAGAAAAUGUAGUGUUACCGGUGGAUGGAGUGACGACUCUGACAAUUCAUCAUGUAAAGUAAAGGUACAGAGUCCUACAGUUGAUUCAGUUACAAGUCCAAGUAAUUCAAAAAAGAUAGAUGAAAAAGAAUUGCAAAUUCAAUAUAAACUCUCCCAACAACUUCAUUCUAAACAGAAUCUGAUUGGUAAUAAUCUGACCAAUCAGAGAGAAGAACUGAACAUGCUCAAGGUACAACUUAAAGAAAAAGGAAGUGUCAGCAACCAAUGCUUGGAACUGUUACAACGUUUACAUAAUUUAGAGAAGGAAGUCCAAGAACAAGACAGCAUUUUAACAGAUCUUAAAGAGCAGUCAACCGUGAAAAUGAAACAGUUGGUGUCACACGAAUAGUAUAAGUCAAAGGCCACAGUUGAUGCCAUUCAGAUGAUAUUAAUACAAUAGCCAUAUUACUUUUUUUUCGUACAUGUAUGUUAGUAAUGUUAAUCAAAUUAGAAGCAGAUCAGGAAAUAGUGCAAUAUUGUUCUUUUGAGGCAUGCAAAAUGUUUUCUGACAUUAAUGGAGGCACUUUGCAUUUAAUACUCUGAAUAAUACAAAACAUCUUGAUUUAUAACAAUUUUACACUGUAGUACCAGGGAAAUAGUUAAGUUUCUGUUGUGGUGAAUAAAACAAAUGGAGAAGAUGAAAAGGGGGAAAUAAAAAACAUUAGUGGAAGAAUGACCAACAACAGCAAGGAUAAAAGAAAAAAGACAAAUUUACAAUUAACAGUCCACAAAAUACUUCAAAUAAAACUAAAGACAUCACAAAACACUGGGUGAGUUAGGUACAACAAAAGGCUUCCUGUUCGACUAGUGUCAAUCUUCAUUGGGGGGGGGGGGGGGG